CUCUAACUGAAAUUGAGCAUGCCGCGAUUUUUCGAUAAGCACCGAAAAAUAUUACCUAGAAAACAGCACGUACUAAUUACUGCUCUUUAGUAACCCAGUGGGUUGGCGGAGUAAGCUCGAUUUAGUCACGGAUCGAACGUCAUGCGACACGCGAUCUGGGUUUUGGCAGUGCUAGCGGGAGUGCUCUCGCCAGUUCUCGGGGGCAUAGAGGAUAGCUUUCCGGCGAGUGUCCUGCAAGAUGCUCGUCUUACAACGUUACAACUCCUGGAAAAGUACAAGUAUCCAGCUGAAGCCCACCAGGUGACCACCGAGGACAAGUAUAUCUUGACCCUUCAUCGCAUUCCCCGACCUGGGGCCAAGCCUGUCCUUCUGGUUCAUGGUCUGCAGGACACUUCCGCCACUUGGAUUAUAAUGGGCCCACACAGUGGCUUGGCCUACUACCUCUACGACAAUGGCUAUGACGUUUGGCUGGCCAACUGCCGGGGGAAUCGCUACUCACGAAGCCAUGUCAAGCUAAAUGCCAAUACGGACAAGGCCUACUGGAGCUUCUCCUGGCACGAGAUCGGGAUGUACGACCUGCCUGCCAUGAUCGAUGCUAUCCUGGUCAAAACUGGCUACCAAAAGCUGAGCUACUUUGGUCACUCCCAGGGCACCACUAGCUUUUUUGUAAUGGCAUCGAGCAGGCCGGAAUACAAUGCCAAAAUUUAUCUGAUGAGUGCCAUGGCCCCGGUGGCCUUCAUGCGGCACAUGAAGGCACCGCUCAUGGGAAUUGCACGCAUGGGAAUAGGGGUUUUUGGAGAGAACUUUGAGCUAUUUCCCAACUCACCUUUAUACCUUAAUCAGUGCCUCCAGUCUUCAGGAGUCAUGAAGACAUGUGUACGCUUCUACUGGCAGAUUGUGGGCAAGAAUCAAGAGGAACACAACAUGACCAUGUUUCCAGCGGUGUUGGGCCACCUUCCCGGUGGCUGCAAUGUUAAGCAACCCAUUCAUUAUCUGCAGCUGCAGACCUCGGAUCGCUUCUGCCAGUUUGAUAACGAUGCCAAGGAGAACCAGCGUGUCUAUGGACGACCCACUCCGCCAGACUAUCGCCUGGAAAGAAUCACGGCUCCGGUGGCCUUGUAUUAUGGCAGCAAUGAUUUCCUCUCGGCUGUUGAGGAUGUCCAGCGGCUGGCUAAGCUGCUGCCCAAUGUCGUGGAGAACCAUUUGUAUCGCAAGUGGAAUCACAUGGACAUGCAUUGGGGCAUUAGUGCCAGGCGUACGGUCAUGCCUAGGGUCCUUAAAGUUAUGCAGUAUUGGGAGUCGGGCGAAGAACGCAAAGAUGUGACCACAGGAUCGCCGGUGGAGGAAGAGGUCACCCAACUGACCACAGAAGCUGCGGUGGAGGGGAAUCAGGGAAACGAGGAAGCUGAUACGGUGGCCAAAGAGGAGAGUACGGAAAGAAAUCAAGGAGAACGAGUGGAUCAAGAGGUUCACCAAAAGAAAGUCACAGAAUCUCCAGGAGAGGAGUGAUAAGUGGGGUUCUAAUGUUGACAUUAUAUUUCUUUUAAUAUCUUCAAGAAAACAUAAAAUAAUAAAUUAAAGAACAUAUUGUCACAC